AUGAGAAGGCUGUCAAACUUAUCAUCCCAUACUGAAAGAGUUUGGCAAGCUGACUGAAGCCCUUCAGGCGACCUUUUAGCAACCUGCAGCGGUGACAAAACAGUGAAAAUAUGAAGAUCAGCAGAUGGUCCAUUAUCUGCAUCGUGGGAAUGUUGUGAUACCUUAGAUUCCCACACAAAGUCAGUACGAAGUAUAGCAUGAAGCCAUAGCGGAGAACUCCUUGCCUCUGCCAGCUUUGAUGGUACUGUCGUCAUUUGGCAAAAACACCAUCACAAAUUUGAGCCUAUGCUAACAUUAGAAGGCCAUGAAAGUGAAGUAAAAUGCGUGUCCUGAAAUUUUGAUGACAAGUUUUUAGCUACCUGUGGAAGAGAUAAAACAGUAUGGGUCUGGGAAACUGAUAUAGAUUUUGAAUAUGAAACAGUCGCUGUGCUAAGUCGGCAUACACAAGAUAUUAAAUUUGUGAGUUUCCAUUCAAGCAAAAACUUGUUAGCAAGUGGGUCAUAUGAUAAUACAAUUAUUCUGUGGGGGGAACAGGAUGGAGAUUGGCAGUUUUUAACACAGCUGAUUAGCCAUGAAGGGACUGUGUGGAGCUUGAAGUGGCUUGAUGAUGCUCUUUUGUCAGUAAGUGAUGAUCUUACCCUUAAGGUUUGGGAUAAAGAAGGAGAUGGGAAUUAUCACUUGCAAAGGACAGUGUCUGGGAUUCAUACAAGGUCAAUAUACUUUUGUGAUGCCAGUCCGGUGCUGCCUGUUAUUGCGACUUGUGCAGGAGAUGAUAGCAUUAUGAUUUUAGGGAAAGAGGAUUAUCAGCCGAUUGAAACUGUGAGGUCUUCUCAUUUGACAGAUGUGAAUUGUGUUAAAUUCCAUCCAAAUUUACCGUUGCUGGCAAGUGUGUCGGAUGAUAAAACAAUAAGUAUAUGGGCUUUGGAACUAGGGCAGCAUAUAGUAAAUGAGUAA